AUGCCUCCUAUUAAGCCAUUGAUAUAUGCAGAGCUUCUGUCAAACAUUCGUCAGAUAUCUAUCCUUGCAUUCUUAGAUACACCAUCAGAUUCUUCUACAAGAGCUGAAUUAUUGGCCGAUGGAACAAUAUUGAGACUGAAUCAUGCCGAAGAGAAUAUUCAAUUAACUCUUCCAGGCCAAGUGAUAUCAAAUUCAAAAUUACGGGAGUUUCCUGUUGAUAGCUUUGAGCUAUCAUGGCGUCUUCCUUUGGCAGAAGACUUUCAACGAGCUGAUGCAGAUAUUUCACAAACUAUCGAGGCACCAUGGUCUGCAAAAGAUAUGGCUAGUGGUGAGCAAGUUCUCGAAUGCCGUAAGUGCUCUGCAACUAUUGUGGAAGCAGGUCGCAUAAAAGAAUGGAAAGAUCUUCCAAGUGAGGGUUGGGCAGAAAUGAUGGAUUUCUGGCACUGCCACAAGCCCUCGGAUCAUGCUGACCAUAAUCAUGGAGAGGAGAAUUUGGCUUCUACAAAAGGUUAUGGGGCGAAUACAAAGUUCACUGCACAAGUUGGAAUUGGAUUUGUGGACCAUUCAACUUUUCUUUUGGCGGAAAAUGAUUGUAAUAUUCCUGUUGGAGGUAACGAGGUAAGUUAUGAUUCCUGCCUUCUUUCACUUGCGACUCCGAUUCUUAUGGGUACCAAGAAGGAGGCCAGACCUUCUAUAUAG